AUGAAGUUAUUCUCCGUUGUCGUUGCCGUGUUAGCGCCCCUGGUCGCUGCAGGGGACUUUAGCAAGAGUUGCACGGACGAACACAUCGACCCCGCAACCGAGGUUUUGACGGCGAACUGCAACGCCGGUGACGGCAAGGGCACGAUUGACUCAGCUUCUCUUGACCUCAACGCCUGCUUCACGUACACGGGCACCAAGAUCCAGUACAGUAGCAAGGGCAACUUUGGUGAUGCCUGCAACGACUGCUACGUCUACCGCAUCCUGGACCCGGUCAACGGGCCGAUCUUCGGCACCACCCGAGUCUGGCUAAACUGCACUUGCAACGGCUCCGAGAGUUCAAUCAAUCUUGAUCUUACGCCGGUGUCCAACAAGUUUGGAACGCUCAGCUGCACUUCUUGA